AUGGCUUAUAUCACUAAAAGACUUUACACCCAGUGCACCGGCUUUGCAUCUUCUAUCGCCGCAAACUUCUUGCGUAACGCUUCCAAAAAUGGCCCAACUACCAGGACCCAGCUUCUGGACUCAAAUCAAGUCCAGAAGUUGAGCCUGGUCCUCAACCGUCCUCACUUGUACCCAGACACCCCUAUAACGUCAGAUCCUCUACCAGAUGGGACUCCCAUCCCCCCAGGUUAUCAUUUGGUUUUUUUCACACCUUCAGCUGUCGAGCAAGAUCUAAGCAUCGAUGGCACGGAUCGUUCAGUAAACCCUCCGCAUCCAUUCACGAGAAGAAUGUGGGCUGGUGGCGAGCUUAUUUGGACCGGAAAGGAGAACCCCCUGAGAAUCGGACAAACAGUCAGAGAAACGACGGAACUGGUAUCUGCAGAGGCCAAGAAAUCAAAAACAGGAGAUGAGAUGAUCAUUGUUGGAACCAAAAAGACUUUUGCAAAUCAGAAUGGCAUUGCACUUGUUGACAAACGCAACUGGGUGUUCCGGAAGGAAAUCUCAGGUUCUAAACCUCAGAUACCACAACUGGGAGACGCGAAGCUACCUGAAGGGGAUGUUACAAGGGACUUUUGCCAGUCCGACGUAUCUCUUUUCCGCUUCUCUGCGUUGACUCUGAAUGCACAUAAAAUACACUAUUCCCGUGACUGGUGUCAGAAUGUAGAGAAUCAUAGAGACCUUGUGGUACAUGGGCCAUUAAAUCUGAUCAAUAUGCUUGAUUUCUGGCGAGACACAGAAGAUGAGGGUGGCUACGCCAUCCCCAAGAGCAUUAACUAUCGCGCUGUGUCGCCUCUGUAUGUCGGAGAACAGUAUAGAGCCAUUCUGGAAAGGGAAGAGAAGACCAGAAGCGCGAAACAAACUCUCUAUGCCUCUGAUGGGACCGUUGCAAUGAAAGGGGACAUUUUUGUAGCUUAG